CUGGAAAUACAGAUGGCUGUCACUUCCGGAUUUGCAUUACACACGUGAGAAAGUUGGAAACACGUUUGUUUUGCAACUAUUGUAUUUAUCCAGAUGAAGUAAACAAAUGCACUUCAUUAACUGACUGGAAAUCAAGUCGUUGGAAGUAGCUAUCUCACAGAUAGGAGAAGAUGGAGGGGAAGGAGCCAAAGAAGGAACAGAAGCGGCACCAGCAGAAGCACAGCGGGCCCAAGGCAGAGAGGAAGAAGAGCAGGAAGCAGCUGGGAACCCCAGCCGGAGAUGACGAACGCAAGAGGAACCCCAAAGCGUUUGCUGUCCAGUCAGCAGUGCGCAUGGCCAAAACCUUCCACAGAGCCCAGGACCUAAAGGCCAAGAAACAUCACAUACCCCUGGUGGACCGCACCCCUCUGGAGCCUCCCCCGAUAGUGGUGGUGGUGGUAGGACCCCCCAAGGUGGGCAAGAGCACCCUCAUCCGCUGCCUGAUCAAAAACUUCACGCGGCAGAAACUAGGGGACAUUUGCGGGCCUGUGACCAUAGUCUCUGGAAAGAAGAGACGUCUUACCUUUGUCGAGUGUAGCAAUGACAUCAAUACAAUGAUUGACUUGGCAAAGGUUGCUGACCUGGUGCUGAUGCUCAUUGACGCCAGCUUCGGCUUUGAGAUGGAGACCUUUGAGUUUCUCAACAUCUGCCAGGUGCACGGCUUCCCGCGCAUCAUGGGCGUGCUCACCCACCUGGACUCGUUCCGCAAUAACAAGGCCCUGCGCAAGACCAAGAAGCGGCUCAAACACCGCUUCUGGACCGAGGUCUACCAGGGUGCCAAACUCUUCUACCUGUCCGGUAUGGUGUACGGAGAGUACCAGAUCCAGGAGGUCAAGAACCUGGGCCGCUUCAUCUCGGUCAUGAAGUUCCGCCCGCUGGUGUGGCAGCAAUCUCAUCCCUACGUCGUGGCCGACCGCAUGGAGGAUUUGACGGACCCCGAGAUGGUGAGGGUGGACCCCAAGUGUGAUCGUACUGUAUCUCUCUAUGGCUACCUGAGGGGGACAUACUUGAAGAAUAAAGGCCAGGUCCAUAUCCCUGGUGUGGGGGACUUUGCGGUGGCAGACGUCAGCUUCCUGCCAGACCCCUGCGGUCUGCCUGAGGCGCAGAAGAAGAGGGCGCUGAACGAGAAGGAGCGGCUGCUCUACGCUCCCAUGGCGGGGGUCGGGGGGGUCGUGUACGAUAAGGACGCAGUCUACAUCGACCUGCCUGGCGGCCACGUCAAUCAGGAACAGGAGGAGGUCCGUCCCACCACAGAGUUGGUCCAAUCCCUCAUCGGUACACACACCACCCUGGAUGUCAAGAUGGCCGCCAGCAAAGUGUCACUGUUCACAGGGACGGCCGCCCUGACCCCCGGGGAAGUGGAGGAGGAGGAAGAGGAGGAGGAUGAGGAGAACGGGCUGACGUCAGGUCCACAGGAGAGCCGAGUCUGGGACCCUGAGACACAGAGAGAGCGGAGGAAGGCUGUCUUCACUGAAGAGGAAGAUGAUGAUGAUGAUGAUGACAGCGAGGGUAGCAGUGAAGAAGAGGGGGAUGAGGAAGAAGAGUCUGAAGAAGAGGAUGAGGAAGAUGAUGAGGGGGGAAACAAAAGAGAAGAAGAAGAAACAGUUUUGAAGAAAGAGGCAAAGGACAACACUGAACCAAAAGAGAAUCAAGGAAUAAAGACCGCCCCUCCGGUGAAGAGACAGAAGAUGGAGGAAAGGAAAGCAGAGAAGGAGCCAGUGGUGGAGGUACCUGCCUUUGCAGACAGUGAGGAUGAGCUGGAAAUGAGUGAGGAGGAGGGAGAAGGGGUGAAGGGAGAGCAGGAGAGUGAAGGAGAGGAGAGUGAUUCUGAGGGGGAAGAAGAUGAAGAUGGUGAUGUCAAACCAAGAGACUCGGGUCAUUGCUCGGAGGAAGAGGAGGAUGCGAGUGAUUCAAUGGAAGAGGAUGACUGUGAAACCAAGGUCUCGGGCAAAGAAAGCAAGAAGUCGAAUGCCACCUCCAAAAUGGAAGAUGAGGAGAUGGAGGGAGGAGAGCUGUGCUAUGAAAGUGCAGGGGCACUGCGGUGGAAGGAGGGUCUGCAACAGAAAGCAUCGGAGGCGUUUCUACGGCAACAGCGCGCCGCCCCCAAUCUACGUAAACUGGUGUACGGCACAGUGGCGGAGGUUGAUGGUGAUGGGGAGGAGGAUGAGGAGGAGCUGGGAGGGCUGUUUCGAGUCAGCCGCCCCGAGAAGGGCAAGAAGCAUCGUGUGGACGGCGUGGACUGCUCCCGUUUUGACCCCGAUGCCGCUCACAACUGGGACCUGGAAGAGAUGCUGGACUCGAUACGGGACUGUUUUGUGACAGGGAAAUGGGAGGACGAUCAAGAUGCUGCUACAUUGCUGAAGGAGGAUGAGGAGCUAUAUGGCGACUUUGAGGACUUGGAGACGGGGGAAGUGCACAAGGGGAAAGCUGGCAAGCAGAAGGACCAAGCCAAGGAAGAAAGUGAUGAUGAUGAGGAAGAUGAUGAUGAGGAGGAGAAGCCGAUGAAGGUGGACGACGAGACCCAGAAGAACAAGCGUCUGGAGAAGAAACGGCGGCUGAAGGAGCGCUUCGACACGGAGUACGACGACGGAGACGCCACCUACUUUGACGACCUCAAGGAGGAGAUGCAGAAACAGGCAGAGCUGAACCGGGCUGAGUUUGAGGACGUGGAUGACGAGACACGGGUCCAGUACGAGGGCUUCCGGCCUGGCAUGUAUGUGCGUCUGGAGAUCCCCUCCCUGCCCUGCGAGUUUGUCACCAACUUUGAUCCCCACUAUCCCAUCAUCCUCGGGGCUCUAGGCGCCAGCGAGGGCAACGUAGGCUACCUGCAGAUGCGGUUAAAGAAACAUCGAUGGCACAACCGGAUCCUGAAGACGCGCGACCCCCUCAUCCUGUCCCUGGGCUGGCGUCGCUUCCAGACCAUCCCCCUGUACCACAUCGAGGACCACAACGGGCGCCACCGCCUGCUCAAGUACACACCGCAGCACAUGCACUGUGGCGCCACCAUCUGGGGUCCCAUCACACCUCAGGGCACAGGCUUCCUGGCUGUGCAGUCAGUCGCAGGAACUAAGACCAGUUUCCGCAUCGCAGCUACAGGAGUUGUCCUUGACCUGGACAAAUCUGUGACCAUAGUCAAAAAGCUCAAGCUGAUUGGCUACCCAUACAAGAUCUACAAGAACACAUCCUUCAUCAAGGGGAUGUUCAACACCGUGCUGGAGGUUGCGAAAUUCGAGGGGGCUUCCAUCCGAACAGUCAGCGGGGUCAGAGGUCAAAUUAAGAAGGCCCUGUCGACGCCGGCGGGAGCCUACAGAGCCACGUUCGAAGACAGGCUGCUGAUGAGUGAUAUUGCUUACCUGUGCUCCUGGUAUAUGUUAUUUAGGGCUGUCCCCGCGACUUACAAUCCCCAAAUGGGCACAUUAAUAUGCCUACAUUUGCCAGCGGGCCAGAAGGACAGCUGGUCGGGCAUGAGGACGGUGGGCCAGCUCAAACACGACCUGGGGAUCCGCAACAAGCCCAACACAGACUCACUGUACAAGCCGGUGGUGCGAGCGCAGCGCCACUUCAACAAGCUGCACAUCCCCAGGCAGCUGCAGAAGGCAUUGCCCUUCAAGAGCAAGCCCAAACAAGACCAGCCCAAGGGCAAGACGCCCAAGGACCUCCAGAGGCCCGCUGUCAUACGGGAGCCCCAUGAGAGGAAGGUGGCGGCGCUGCUCAACGCACUGAGCACGGUGCACAACUACAAGAGCAAGAAAGCGCACACGGCGCAGCAUGCCAAGCACAAGGACUUCCUGCGGCAACGGGACAAGGCGGAGGAGGACAAGCUCAAGAGGCAGAAGGAGGCGAAGAAGAAGCUUUACCGUAUGAUGGGCCAGAAGGAGAAGAAGAGGCAGAGGUCCAGUCUGAAAGGGGCGCCGCAGGAUGACUGAUUUUAUGUCAAUAUGACUCUCUUAAAGGCCAGUGUAAUAACUUUAAGGCCUACCAAUGGAAUGGAAUAAUCCCCUGUUUAAGCAUAACCUGUUGGUCUGCAGUGGAGUAGGGUGAAAUUGCCCCUAGACACUAAUCUUGGGUCAGUUUUAGCAUUUUCCCCGCUAAUGGUUAAAGGGAUACUUCGGGAUUUUGGCAAUGAAGCCCUUUGUCUACUUCCCAGAGUCAAAUGAACUCAUUCAUGGAUAUCAUUUUUAUGUCUCUGCAUCCAGUAUGAAGGAAGGAUUGGGGGAGGGGAAGCUGAGCCUAGAUCUGUACCUAGGGGAAUCUUCACCCAGAGCGUCUGCAGUACUGGGGUAGGAGACAGUGGAAAUGCAAGGAAUGGAUGAACAUCCUUGAGCUUCUGUAGCCUGGUUGUGUAAUGUGCAACCCCAGUUAUUGACACCUCAUUUUGAUUGAGAGUGGUUCCAUAGAGGAACUAGAAAGAACUGUAUAUUGGUCAUGUCUUGACCACUUGUCUAGCUUCAAUCUUGUGUUGUAAUAAAAAAUAACAGAUAUUACAAAAAUAUGUUGUGAGUGCCUUGAAACUCUAAAAGAGCAUAAAAGUAAAGUAAGUGUAAUUCUAUAAUAUAUUUUGAUCGAAUAGAAGUUUCGUAAUGGCUAGGUUGUUACAAAUGCACUAAGUGGACGCAAAUGGCAUUUCAGUGACUUUGAAGUUGUGCCUGUUGUCAGAGAUCGAGAACUCAUCAUGGAUAUA